AUGAUAUGUAUAUCAUUACUCAAUACGUCUUCGCGAUUAGUUGAUGAAACUAAUCGAAUAAUUAAGAAUAAGUUAUCAAGUAUUAAUCAUUUUGAUAUUUUAUCGACUAAGUUGUUUUCAAAUAAGCAAGAUGAAACCGAUGACGACUUGAACAAUCAAAUAGAUAUAGCCAAUCCAAAAUCGAUCUUCAAUAAACAGGUUGAUGAAAUUUUCAAUAAGAAAUUGAAUUCUGAUAUUGAAAAUAAAUAUUGGUUAGUUAACACUGAUAUAACCAAUGAGAAUUCAGAAUUAAACAUUCCUAAGUAUUAUAUGGAUUCUUCGACUGAAAACCCUGAUUUGCAACCUUUUGAUCCUCGUUUUACCAUUGGAAUGUACUAUUAUUAUAUUCAAAAAGAAUAUCAAAAAAAUCCAAAUAAGAUUGUAGAGGCUCCUUUCCAUUGGUAUGAUUGGGUUGAUAUGAGUAGUUUGAAUAAGUAUUUAUUGGCUUCAACGUUGGAAAAACCAGAUUGUUCUAUUUUGGAUUCAAGAAUCCAAGAAAUCGAAAUGAAUGAAGAUAAUAAAAAAAAUAACGAGGCUCUUUUGAAAGAUUUGAAAAAUCAAUACGAUGCAAAGUAUGGUAAUCUUUUGGGUGGGAACGAAAAAGUAACCGAAGUAAAAGAAGAUUUGAAGGAAGAUGCAAAGUCUGAAAAUAAGGACGAAACAAAGCCUGAAAAUACUGAAAACAAGGAUGAAGCAAAACCUGAAAAUACUGAAAACAAGGAUGAAGCAAAACCUGAAAA